GCGGGCGGAGGAGGAGGAGGAGGAGGAGGAAGCCGGGCAUGGGGCCGCUGUGGGCGAGGGCCGGCGGCGGCGGGGCCUGGCGCGGAAGAGCGGUGGCCGCCCGCAGGCCCCUCAGCAGCGCCGCUCCGAGCACCUUGGACGUAGCUGUGAUUGGCGGUGGAAUCGUGGGCCUGGCGUCUGCCCGAGCACUCGUUCUGCGGCAUCCGUCUCUGGUUUUUGGAGUGCUGGAAAAGGAGGAGGAACUGGCUCGUCAUCAAAGCGGACACAACAGUGGAGUCAUUCACAGUGGGAUUUAUUAUACGCCAGGAUCCCUAAAAGCGAAGCUGUGCGUGGAAGGCGCUGCCCUUUGCUACAAAUACUGUGAUGAAAAGGGAAUCCCAUAUAAACAAUGCGGCAAGCUCAUUGUUGCAGCUGAACAUGAAGAAAUUCCAAGGCUCAAGGCAUUAUAUGAGAGAGGUCUGCAGAACAAGGUCCGGGGGCUGAAACUCAUCACUGCCAAAGAAAUACAGGCGAAGGAGCCCUACUGUCGGGGGCUGAUGGCCCUGGACUCCCCAUACACGGGCAUUGUAAACUACAGGCAAGUGGCCCUCUCUUACGCUGAAGACUUCCAAGCAGCCGGGGGAACAGUCUUGACUGACUUUCAGGUGGAAGAUAUGAAAAUGGCGAAAGAAAGUGCCGCAGGAAGUCAAGAAGGGAUGAAAUAUCCCAUCGUUGUUAGAAGCUCCAAGGGCAUGGAAAUCCGCUGCAGGCACCUGGUCUUCUGCGCAGGGCUGUACUCGGACCGCCUCUCGCAGAUCAGCGGCUGCAGCCCUGAGCCUCGCAUUGUGCCUUUCCGUGGCGACUAUUUGGUGCUCAAGCCAGAGAAGAGCUAUUUGGUUCGAGGAAACAUUUAUCCGGUGCCCGAUCCCCGUUUUCCCUUCCUGGGUAUCCAUUUCACCCCAAGGAUGGAUGGCAGCGUCUGGCUGGGGCCUAACGCCGUGCUGGCCUUCAAGCGAGAGGGGUACAGGUUUUAUGACUUCAGCCUCCGAGAUUUCGUGGAUGCCACUGCUUACAGUGGUUUAUGGAAGUUGGUGUGCAGAAACCUCUCGUAUGGGAUGGGUGAAAUGUACAGGGCGUGUUUCCUUAAUGCCCAAGUGAAGCAGCUCCAGAAGUUCAUACCCGAAGUUACCGUCGAUGAUAUACUCAGGGGUCCGUCGGGCGUCCGCGCUCAGGCCUUAGACCGCGACGGGAACUUGAUAGACGACUUUGUGUUUGACGGGGGCACGGGAGACAUCGGUGGUCAAGUCCUCCACGUCAGGAACGCUCCCUCGCCAGCGGCUACUUCCUCCUUGGCCAUUGCGAACAUGAUCGCCGAAGAGGUGGAGCGGAGAUUUGAACUGUGACAGGAACCCUUGAGCUGUUGGGCUGCUCUGCCCUGUCAGUCGAUUUGAGCGACACGGUCAAAGAAACAACAGGGGAAGAUGCUCCUCCGAGCAGAAGCAGCUGGGGACGGACUGAGCUGCUGGCUUAGAGGAGGGCAAACCUCCCAGCAUUCUGACAAUUGAAGCAGGGCAGUCAGGCCUAAGAAUGCCCUCCAAAUUCGUCAGAAAAGACAAGUCCGCUGUGGAUCCAGGAGAGUCGCUGGGAGCCCAGUGAUCCUCCUUCUUAGGCAAGUUACUGUUAUGUGAGGGGGUUGCCAGUGGGAGGGGCGCAAGGUUGUGGGCCUGAGCCGUGGCUUCUUGUGUCCAUGUGCACGGUGCCUUGAGGCCCUCCUUUUGAACUGUGGCUACCGUCCUUCUCUCCUUCUGUAAAUCCUCUGAAGGAGAUAGAGCAGGAAGAGGAUCUGUCCAAGUAGCUGCUUCCACAGGGGCAGGAGCGUAAUGCCCAUUGGGCAAGGUGGGCAGCUGCCCAGGGCAUCACCUUGUGGGGGGCAUAAAAAAUGCAGGGUUCAUUUUUGGGAAUUUUUAGUGGUUUU